AUGGACAAACCUCCGGGCAAGGCGGAGAGCACCGAUGGCUCCUCCAUCAAGCCUGUGUCGUCGCUGCGGAGCCACUUCGAGAACAUGCUGAACCGCCAGUCUUCCUCCUCCGACGCACCGCGCCCCGUAAACCCGCGACAGAGCUUGGGAAACAUUUUCGAUGGACCCGACGAGUCUCGCGCGCGCACCGAUGGCCGCAUGUCGCUAGAUCUGCCGCGACCCAAUGUAGGCUUACGAAGCACAUCCCCGAAGGGGCUGUACGCGCCUCCGCGGACACCGGAGACGCGCGGCGUGUCGUUGGACACGAACAGAUCAAGACCAAUUUCUAUGUACCAGCUGUCUCCGCGAAGCUCGCCGCCCAGGUCUCCGACGAGAUCCCCGCCGGUCGUUACUGUUAAUUCCCCUAAGCCAUCCAAUACAUUCCCUGAACCCGACAUAAAGUCCCCUACGCCGAGGAGUGCUCCGAAACCUCCGCAAGGCUCACCUCUCACCCACUCCGGCUCACCUCAUGGGAGCGGCAGCCGGCAUUUCCGCGCACAAAGCAAACCGGCUACGCCGGCCAUCGAAGCUCUCCAGGCCCCUUUCCUACAGUCAGCUGUCACCUCAGCUGCUUCUCCUGACCCGUCGAAGCAAUCGUUUGCACAAUCAGAAUACAAUGGCCGGGCACCUUCUGUGGCGUCAAGCGCUGGUGGGCCUCCCCCUAUCAACCGAGCUGGCAAGCCGAAAAUCCCUAGCAAGCCAGCUUCAGUUGCGGGCACUGCGGUCUCAGGCACGACUGGAAAAUCCUCCCUAGCCGUAGACCCUGGCAAUGCGCCUACCGAGGAGCGGCUGUCCCCUUUCAGCACGCCACCGAGCAGCGACGAAAGUGGCGUAAACUCCCCUCCCACGCGCAGCAACGUCAGCAACGUUUCUUCUAGCGUUCCCGCGGCGAAAAGGAACAGCUAUUUCCAACAGUCCCCCGCGGCACGACCAUCAGAGGUUCAAGAGUUGCCCAAGCAGUCAAGUCAACGGUCUUUGCCAGCACCAACAGAUAUUUCUGCAGGCGAAGCCAGUGACUCACUUGACGAACGGCCCGACUUACCUCCAAGACGCGGCGGUGACAUCAGAAGGUCAAAGCCGCCCCCUCCGGAUCCUCCGCCGGCACGCCGUUCCAUGGAUACCUCUAGGACAGCGGUCCUCGAUGCCGCACGGGCCGCUGCAGCUAGUGAACCGACUCCAAAGCUUCCAAAGCGGUCAUCUACAAUUGGCCCUUCGAAACCACUGGCCGUCAAUGGAAGCAGCUACAACGAGCCAUCUCGGCCAACGCCCAGGCCAAUUCCAGCCACAAGACAACCUGCGACUCAGCGGUACAGUGCAGUGUACAGAGACGAUUCAGAUGAUGUCGAGCAAUCUGAUAAGACAACAACGAUACUUUCGGAAUAUCCCGACUCCUCUCAAGCAAACAGAAGACCACCCACAUUCAGACAACGUCCGCGCGAAAUUGCUCUGGGCUACGACACCAAGCUCUUUGCAGUGUGUGGUGAAGUAGUGUGUGCCUCUGGGUACCUCACUCGGGCUUGGAGUUUGGUGACUGGCGAAAUGCUGCUCAACACGGCUCUAGCGGAAUCUACCAAAAUGACAGCCAUGGCCUUCAGACCAUCGACGGAUGUGGAAAAUGAGGGAGAGAUGGUCUGGCUUGGAAGUGAGAAGGGUGAACUUUUCGAGCUCGACAUCCCGUCUGGGGCCGUCGUCGCGGAAAAGCGAAAUGCCCACUCCAGCAAGAUCACAAAGAUUUAUCGGUAUGCUGCAGAGAUGUGGACAAUCGACGAGGACGGAAAGGUGAACAUCUGGCCUCCGGACGAAACAGGGUCCCCAAUCCUACAGCAAACGCCAAAUAGCUUCCGGAUUCCCAAGAACCACAACUGCUCCAUUGUUGUCGGGAACAAGCUCUGGGUCGCGAAUGGCAAAGAUAUCCGAAUCUACCAACGAAGCCAAGAACACCUCGGCUUUGUACCCGUCCUUACGCAACCCAUAUCUCAGCCCAGCGCCGGAGAAGUCACUGCGGCAGCGAUGAUUCCCAGCCAACCGGAUCGAAUCUACUUUGGUCACAAUGAUGGCAAAGUGUCCGUCUAUUCCCGAAAAGACUAUUCCUGUCUUGGGGUCGUCAGCGUUAGCGUGUACAAGAUAAGCUGUUUGGCAGGUGCAGGCGAUUACCUCUGGGCAGGCUACAACACCGGCAUGAUCUACGUGUAUGACACCACUCAAACCCCGUGGCAGGUCAAGAAGGAUUGGCAUGCGCAUGCAAAUGGAAACCCAGUCGGAGCCAUCCAAGUAGACCGAAGCAGCUUGUGGAAGAUGGACCGACUUCAGGUUGCCUCGCUGGGCACAGACAGCGUAAUAAGAAUAUGGGACGGCAUGCUGAAGGAUGAUUGGCUCGAGCAAGACAUGCAAGAGCACGAUCUGGAAUUCUGCGACUUCCGCCAGGUGUCAGCCACAAUAAUGACAUGGAACGCUGGCGCCUCAAAACCCACGAGCCUUAGCGGGAGAUUUGACGAGCCGGAUGGCGCUUUCUUCAGAGAUCUGCUCCGACCUGAUGAUCCUUCAGACAUCUUGGUUUUUGGUUUCCAGGAGCUGGUUGACCUGGAGGACAAGAAGGUUACCGCAAAGAGCUUCUUCAAGAGCAGCAAGAAGAAAGACGCAUCGGAUCAAGAACAUAUGAGCCGCCAAUACCGUGCUUGGAGAGAUCACCUUGCCCGAUGCAUCGACGAACACCUCCCGGGUGAACGCUACUACCUCUUGCAUACAGCAAACCUCGUUGGUCUUUUCACGUGCGUCUUUGUAAGGGAGUCCGAACGCAUGAGGAUUCGAGACAUGAGCGCAGCCGAAAUCAAGCUGGGCAUGGGCGGUUUGCACGGAAAUAAGGGAGCUCUCGUCGUCCGGUUUACUCUGGAUGACAGCUCCGUUUGCUUCGUCAAUUGCCAUCUUGCCGCAGGUCAGAGCCAAACAGCACAUCGCAACAACGACGUCGCUACCAUCAUGGAGACGUCUGCACUACCACCGCAGAUGGAUCUUGGAGCUCGCGCAGAUGUGUUCGUUGGCGGAGGAGACGGCUCCAUGAUUCUCGACCACGAAAUAUGCAUACUCAAUGGUGACUUGAACUACCGAAUCGAUUCGAUGACGCGCGAUGCGGUGGUCAGGCAUGUCAAGGAGGGAAAUCUGACAAGGCUGUUGGAGAACGAUCAACUCCUUCGGACUAAGAAAAGAAAUCCCGGCUUCCGGCUGCGCGCCUUCCAGGAAUGCCCGAUCACUUUUGCGCCGACAUACAAGUAUGAUGUAGGGACGGACAGGUACGACACGAGCGAGAAGAAGCGUUCUCCAGCGUGGUGCGACCGACUGCUCUAUCGGGGCCGAGGACGUAUCAAGCAGCUGGAGUACCGGAGGCAUGAAGUGCGCGUUUCAGACCACCGGCCAGUCAGUGGCAGGUUCAAUAUCCGCGUCAAGACAAUCAACCCCAAGCGGCGCGCGAUCGUUUGGGAACAGAGCGAGCACAGGUUCGAGGACCUGAAGCAGCGGCUUGCGACGGACAUCAAGCUUGACUAUAUGGUCAAUGUAUUCGGACUCAGCACGAAGGAUGCGAUGAAGCUGCUGAAGCUGUAG